AUGGCCUGGGACUCCCUGUGCAGCAGGGACUUACUGCGCCCCAAGAUAAGAAGUACCUCAAGCCGGACGCCUGGCAGCCAGAGCAGUGCCAAAACACCGUCCCUGGAGGAGCUGCGGCGCCUGCUCUGGACACGCACACACCCCACGGGACACGUGGAUGAAGUCUGGCCAAACCUUUACUUGGGAGACCUGUAUGUUGCUCGUGACAAAUUGCAGCUGAGCCGAAUGGGCAUCUCCCAUGUUGUGAAUGCCGCUGCCGGGCGAUUUCACAUCGACACUGGACCCAAGUUCUACAAAGACCUGCCUGUGGAUUACUAUGGAGUAGAAGCAGAGGACAACCCAAACUUUGAUCUCAGCAUUUACUUCUACCCAGUUGCUCGAUACAUAAGAGCAGCACUGAAUUCCCCAAGAGGCAAAGUACUAGUUCACUGUGCAAUGGGAAUCAGUCGAUCUGCAACUCUUGUCCUCGCUUUCUUAAUGAUCUGUGAAGAUAUGUCCCUUGCUGAUGCAAUUCAGACUGUGCGCUCACACAGAGGAAUCUGCCCCAACUCCGGCUUCCUCAAGCAGCUUUGGGAGUUGGACCUCCAGUUAGGAAAGGGGAAAGGCAGAGGAGCAGAGGCCUGCUAGUGCCAAGGGGGCAUGUCUCCUGGCACCAGACCAAGAGAUGCUGCCCUCACGGAAGACAGUGCCAGGAUGCUGUCAGGACUGCUCUGUAGCUGCAUUAAGAAACUCCUUGGGAAACGGCUGAGCAUGAGCAAGCUGGUAGGAGUUUGGUAUGUAUUUUUUGGAUAAGCCCACUAAUUGGAAAGAAAAUGAAAUAAAGAAGGAUUCAAACUG